GGGGCGCUCCGGGUGUACUCCCACCGCCGGCUCGUCGGACUACACGGGGAACAAAAGCCGACGAGCUGGGAGUGGCGGCGCACACGUUGCGGGGUCAGGGAGCGGCGAGGCAAGGCCCACACAUCAGAACGCAAAGAUGGUUCCAGCCGUCAUCAUCGUCUCGCUGCUUCUGGCGUUUGCAGGGCGUUCAGCGUCUCAAGAGCAGGACUGCAGCAGAACUGUGGAGUGCUACGAGAAGCUGAGGAAGGUGAUUGUAGAGAAGGUGGAGGCUCUUCCAGGUCCGGAACCAACAGAAGCAAAACUGGCCUCCUACAAGCACUUCUGCGACCUCGCGGCCCCCUCACCCUCGCCGUGUGGCAGAAUCAAAGACUUCAAGGAAUGUCUCGAACGCCCCGAAAUCAAAGUGCGUGAAGAAGUCUACAGUGAACUAAGGGGGUUCGUCUGCGCCCGCGACAACGCGACCUGGACGCGUUUCAUGGGUAUCCUGUUCUCUGAAACCAAUGACCCAUGCAAGAACGCCUUGGACGCAACAAAACAAGUACUUAAGGGCGACUUAGACAAAUGCGGAACGGUGGAGCAGCUUUUCGGCGAGUGCGUGUCGCAGAGGCAUUUGCAGACCGACGUGCUGAAACCUGGUAUGGAGCUCCUCGGCUGCAGACAAGAGCAGCCUGUUCCCACAACCCAGCCAGCGCCGCCUGUCCCCGAAGGUCACGAUGAACAGCAGCAGUGCAACAAGGACGACGCGUUUCGCUGUCUCAAAAUGUCGGCCCGAAACCUGGAAAACUCCAUGGGCUUCGACAACAGCGGAGCUGCGGUUGAACAGAAUGGCUGCACUCCCACGCCGGCAUCGUGCCUCGAGCCUCAAAGGCUUCAAGGCUGCUCCAACAGCGACAGCAUGCAGCUCUCCGUCCUCCAAGCUGCCAUAGAAGCCGUGCGAUCGGCCGCCUGUGGCAACGACCGAGCGCUCCUGAAGACCAUCCGCCGCACGGCCUCCUGUUGGAACGUGGAGGAGUUUAAGCGCUGUGUGAACGGAUCUCACAUCGACAUCAGCAAAACCAUGCUCACUGAACAGGAGUGCAGAGCCUCAAUUUCUUCAGUCAACGAAUGCUUCGAGAAAAGCCGCAAGCUCUGUCAACCCGACGUCGAUACUGCGAAGAAACUUUCGUCGGCCUUCUUCAGCGUCUACGGCUGUGACCCGAAGCACAGCGAAAUCCCUGCGGGAAAGAACAAACAUGAAGGCCCGAACAGCGGUCCCAGUCUGGCUUCUUCCCUCACGCUAACCCUUUCCGUCGCGCUAGUCGCUUCUAUCGCGAUAAUACGCUAGUUUCGAAAAAAAAAUUAAAGAAGGCACGUACCCGUCGCAUUGGUUCAGCCAUUCCGGUGUUCUGCUAUACUGAGCACAUAGGUCAAAAAUUUCAUCCCCGGCAGCGGGUGCCGAAUUUCGAUAGAGAUUGCAAAAUACAUGCACCGUGAUCUCGGUGUAUCGUGAGGAAAGCCGGUACGAGGUAAUCGAAGCCGCGGUCCUUCAUUAAGAUAUUCCUCUGCUUCUAUACGUGUAGCUCUACAGACAUACACAUCAAUCCAUCAAAAAAAAAAAUUCCACACGCGGAAACGAUGUGAUGGCCAGAGAUCUUUGGUUGUAAACAAUUUCGGCUGAA